GAGUGGAGCAGUCCUGGUGGGGUGAAGAACCCGGCAAGGCCCGCCCCGAUUCGGGCCCCCUGCCCUUGUCCCCUGGGCCAGGGGUGCGGGUGAAGUGGGGGGCCCGAGGGUACCCAGAGGCGCCGUCUGGACGGAGGCCGGAGCUGGCGGCUUUGUAGGGACAGCAGAAAGAAGCCAUGCUUACUUGGGGGGCUGCCUCCCUGACUCCAGACCGCUUUGCGGUGUCUGCUGAGGCAGAGGAGAAGGUUCGGGAGCAGCAGGCCUACUUGGAACACAUUUUCAGUGUGAGAAUGAGCAUCCUCCCCAAGGACUGUCCGGAAAACCCUCACAUCUGGCUGCAGCUUGAGGGCCCACAGGAGAAUGUCAGCAGAGCCAAGGAUUACCUGAAGGGUCUUUGCAGCCCAGAACUACAGAGUGAAAUCCACUACCCACCCAAACUGCACUGUAUCUUCCUGGGAGCCCAGGGCUUCUUCCUUGACUGCUUGGUUUGGCGCACCUCGGCCCACCUAGUGCCAGGGGCACCAGGCUCACUGAGGAUCAGUGGCUUAAUGGAAGCCUUUGUCAUGGCUCAGAGCCUGGUGGAAGCCCUGGUGGGGAAGCUGAGCUGGGACUUUGAGCCACAGCCACACCUGCAAGCCUCCUCUGGUGCUGGGGGUGUGUUGAGAGAUUUCUCUGCUCUGCUGCGGUGCCGGGAAGAUGUCCAUAGCGAGGCUCUCCUGCGGCUGCCUCUGGCUGUACAAAUGGAACUGCUGAGUCUGGUGCAGGAGGCAUCCAGGGGGCAGGGGCCACAAGCACUCCUCUCUUGGGAAGGGAGGACCCCAGGCCUGUGGGAUGUUCAGAACCAAGGAGUCAAAGGGCUCCAGAAUGAAGGUGGGAGGUCUCUGGACACUGCUGUGGCUGUGGGGCAGGAAGAAUCUAAGGGAGCAAGAGUUAAGAGUCACACCGUGAAGGAGGGUGGGAAACAGGAUGGCUCUAGAGGGAUGGAUUCGGGAUGGAAGGAUGUCACUGGGGAAGAGGCCUGGGAGAAAUCAGAAGCUGUCAGGCCCCAGUCAACAGGUGGAGGAGCAGGGGAGGUUGGGUUCCUGCAAGGAAAAGUCCUGGGGAAGGACAGAGCACCUCAGGAAAGAGGAGGGAUGAGUGUCCAGGGUGGCUCCUGGCAGAGGGCAGCUCCACCCUCUUUCCUCCAUCACCUCCAUAAUGGGGAAGGCUCCUCUCCAAGAGUGCCUAGCCCCCCACCUGCGCCUGAACCCCAGUUGCCCAGUGGAGACCGAGGAAGAGAUCGGAGAAACAGGGGAGACAAGCAGCAGGCUGUGGCUCGAAGUCGAGGAGGGUCUCCUUGGAAACGAGGCACACGUGGGGGCAACUUGGUGACUGGCACUCAGCGUUUUGAGGAGGCUCUACAGGAUCCUUUUACCCUGACCCUUGCCAACGUGCCUGGCAACCCAGACCUCCGCCAUAUUGUCAUCGAUGGCAGCAAUGUGGCCAUGGAGCAUGGCCGCCAGCAGUAUUUCUCCAGUCGGGGCAUCGCCCUUGCUGUGCAACACUUCUGGGACCGUGGGCACCGAGAUAUAACGGUCUUUGUGCCUCAGUGGCGCUUCAGUAAGGAUUCUAAGGUCAGAGAGAGUCACCUCCUGCAGGAGCUGUACUCCCUCAGCCUGCUGUCCCUUACCCCCUCCCGAGUUGUGGAUGGCAAGAGGAUCUCCUCCUAUGAUGACAGGUUCAUGGUGAAGCUGGCUGAAGAGACCAAUGGGAUCAUUGUCUCCAAUGACCAGUUUCGGGACCUGGCUGAAGAGUCUGACAAGUGGAUGGCAAUCAUCAGAGAGCGACUGCUGCCCUUCACUUUUGUGAAGAACCACUUCAUAGUCCCUGAUGACCCACUGGGGCGAAAUGGCCCAACCCUGGACAAAUUUCUAAAGAAGCCAGCCAGGCAACAGGAGGCUUCUAAGGCUCAGCAUCCUUCUAGGAGCUUUGCAGAACAUGGUAAUAAGCAGCAGGAGAGGGAAGAGGAAAAGGGAAGGAGGGAAGAGGAAAAAGCCAGUGGUGGCAUUCGGAAGACCCGGGAAACAGAGCGGCUCCGGCGCCAGCUGUUGGAGGUGUUUUUGGGUCAGGAUCACAAAGUGGAUUUCAUCCUACAGCGGGAGCCAUACUGUCGGGACAUUAACCAACUGUCUGAGGCCCUGCUGAGUCUGAACUUUUAAGCCUACCUGCCCAUGUGGCUGCUGCCCUGCUAGCUAACCCCAGCUUCUCCCAACUCAGUGCCUUCUGUGACAAGUUCCUUUGCUGCUCGGACUUUGACUCAAGACACACUUGGAGUUGGUGCCUUGAGGAAGCAUUAGGAAGAGGAGUGGGGGGAAUGCUCUUGCCUGGAGCAUUGGGACAGCUCCCUAAAGUGACCUCAUCUUGAGUCAGGACCUCAAGCAGCUCUUGAGAGGUUCUUCUCAAGUCUUUUCUACCUUGUCUUAGCACAGGGUUUUUUGUAGGGAGUGUGGGACAGUUCCUACAAAUCUGGAUUAUUGGCUCCAACCUCAAGCUGAGUAGAAGCUAGUGGACAGGAUGCUUAUCAGACCAGGUAGUGUCUUGCGAGUAUCACAGAAAAUGCUGGUUUUAGAUGGGCUGGGUUGCAGGGGUUACAGCAGGUCGCUGGGGAAAAGGCAAAGUAGGCCUUCAGCCUCAGCUGUGCUCAUUUGGGAUGACUGGCCUUUAUUUCUGCCUUUAAAGAGUAGGAGUAGAAAAUACCCUGCUUGUGGCUGCACAGGCUCCCUAGCCAAAACCUCACUUUUCGAGCAUUUGUAGGCCAAGUCCAGGGCUGUGCCCUCUACAUGUGUCUUCAGUAUAACUUCCCCUAACAGUUGUGUCCCUUUUGGAUAACCUUCAAAUCUACAUUUACAAAAUAGUUAAGGCAACUGUUUUCCUUAUCAAUAUACUCAGGGUUCCUAUAAUGUGUUUGUUCAGAGAAUAACAAAUAUGUCACCAAGUCCCUGGUAAAAUCCUCUUGCUGUAGUGUUUACAGGGUAUUUACCAAAUUGAUGCAAUUUUGUGCUCUGCAAUGACAAUGUGAGGGUGAUCUGCCCCACAAAUUUUCUUCACGGAAGACAGAGGGUGCACAAGGUGACCAACACUUCUGCUGUGUGUGUAUAUACUGUGAUGGUUUAGACAAACCAAUUAUCCAGAAAAUGAAAACAAGAAUCAAGAGUCAGAAGGUGCCUGAUUAGCUACCAAACCAAUUUCACUGUCACAUGACAUGCCUUCUCUAUCCUGAUUGCUGUAAGUCAUUUCCAUGUCUCUGCUUAAGUUCUCCCUGUGCCACGGAUUUGCUACCUUAAAUGUAGCAUAUUCUUCACACAGGCAA